GCUCCGACUUCGUUUCCUCUUAUUAUUAUCGUAUCGCAAGGAAAAUCACAAGCACUUCACAAUAAUGACCUGGAUUGUGGAUUUCACCUCACAGCAAAAUCAAUUUUCUUUCGUUCCACCUGAACCCGCACCUGAGAAGUCCGGUGUCCAUAGCCGCCACCUUCAAGAGUUCUGUACCUUUAUCCCUUCUUCUAGUGCUAGCGCUGAUAGCGCUGGAGCCAGAGCUGAUCGGAAUAAACACCACUAUGAGUCCUUUAGUGCUCCUACUAGUCCUACUCUUCAGAAAUUUAGCAGCAUUUGCUGCUCAGAAGAUCAUAGUAAUGGCGGUAAAGCUGAGCAUUAUGCGCUCAGAGAAAUUAUCCCUAUCAAAGUCAUGGACUUCCUCAAUUACUUGGUAAACCUAUUCAACUUCUAUAUCAAAAGUAUACGAGAUCCAUCUUCCAUUCCAGGCGUAAGUUUAUGGAGCCGAGCCUAUGCAUUGGGUGCCUUGCCCGUCAUGACAGGGUUCUUGGUGUUCAUUCAAGGGUGUAUCACGUUAGCCAUUCAGGGAAUAACUUAUACAAAACUUGGUCAGAAGGCAUACGAGUGGCUUAUGAGUGACCAAAUCCUGUUGCUUGAUCCAACUGACGAGGUUGACCCUAACGGCCUAAACGAGGCCUUAAAGCAACUGGCAGAUACGCAACCACAGCCCAGGCCCAUAUUCAGCUACUUCCUCGCGCAUCUGCUACUGACCUUAUCGACUGUCACAUAUGAACGCGACGAUGAACUGGUUCGGAAGGCAUCUUUAGCCAUGAAAAAUAUGAAUAGUGAUAUAGAGAGAGCUAAGGCAGCCGAAUGGCUUUAUGCCAGCGAGCUUAGCAUUGAUAACAAGGCUCAGCGUCUUGGCAUGAGGUUCACAGGGAUUAGUGAGCUCAAGACAUUGGGUGGGCCUUAUGCUGGCCUGUUCUAUAAUAACCAUGCUAUCGUCUUGGUCUUCAAGGGUACAUCUCCUCUUGCCUUCAAUGAAUUUCUAAUUGAUGGCAGUAUCCAGCGCGUAGACGCAAGUGAGUAUCUCUAUGGGGAAGUCCAUAAAGGUUUUUACGAGUUUCUUUUCCCUGACCCAAUGCCUCAAACCAAGCAAGCCUCAUAUAACCCUUUUCAAACCAUCAUGGAGACUGUUUUUGAAGAAGCCAGGAGAAUUAAGCGACAAACAGGGAAGCCCGCGAACCUCUGGAUUACAGGGCAUUCUCUUGGUGCAGCCCUUGCAGCUAUAGCAGUGGCUCGAAUGCAAAUGGCCCUUCGUCCCGAUGAUCCACUCUUCAAGGAUUGUGAUCCAGCUACGAUAAGGACCCAUAACAGCGAUGGUACCCCACGAACAGUGCUGGAUGAGAUGCUUUGCCGUUACAUCGCCUCAGCAAGUUCACCUCACUCUACUUUCUUAUCCUCGGCCGCCACGUUCCCGCUUACAAAGCUUCGACGUCAUCGCCACCACCAUCAUACUCAUCACACCAAGGAUGGCAAGGGUGAGAAGUAUAAGGAGUGUAAGGAGCGUAAGGAGGAUGAAAGUAGUGAGUCUGAUGGACAGCAUGACCACCAGCACGAACAGCAUGAAGAAAGCACGGAUCAAUUACUCAUCCUUCGCGACUGCUAUACCUUUGCAUCCCCCAAAAUUGGCAACAGCAAGUUUGCAAAGGAGUUCGAUGAGCAUCACGUCAGGUUUCAUUCUAAGAGUUGCUAUAAGCCGGUGCUUUACCGUGUAGCAAUUGAUUUGGAUGUCGUCCCAAGGCUGCCACCAGGCUGCAGCACGGAUCCUGAUGAUACACGUGAACGUAUGUUCCCGUGCAUUCAAUGUGCCAAUAGAGUAACUGUAUCACAGUCAUCAUCAUCAGCAGCGGCGAUAGGUCCGUUGUUUAGACAACAGGCAGAUGUAGAAGGAGAGCCGCUGUUGUCAAAUCCUGUUAGCUAUGGUGCUGUCGAAAGCACUUCCACCCAGACCAUAGAGGUGGUGACAGCAGUAUCAACAACAAUACCAGAAACCUCUAAAAGACCACCGCCCUCUCCACAUACACAUAUGACUUCAUUGCUAGAUUACAGACACGUUGGUCAGCUAGUAUGCCUUUCGAAUUCAUAUAUCUCUCCAAUCGUCAAACCCUCCGAGUUACAAUCAAACCUCUCUGCCAAUGUCCUGCGAACAGACAAAGAAACGCAGCUGCUCCUUGACUAUAUCGAUGCGGUCCUUCGUGUAUCCGAGGAUGACUUGUGUCAAGAAGAUUCAGGAAAUAACGACAGUAAUAGUAGCGACCGCAGCAACAAGAGCAAGGACAAGGCAGAGAGCUUUGUCAAGUGCCGCACAUUCGAUGCAGCUAAGAUCAAGCGAGAGAUGGAGAAGGCUAAAGUACGCCGUGAUUUGGAUGAGCUCAACUGGCUGCGAGUGCCCUGUGAUGCCGAGAAGUUCCUGUUGACGUUUUCCGGCGUGAUUUCACAUUCCCCAGCAGCGUACCAGAGAAACCUGGUGAAGUCGAGAUAUCAUUUCAAGAGCUUUCCAGGACCAGAGAUGAUGCAGAAGUUAUAUUACCUUCAGCAACAACAACAGCAAACCCAUUAGCAUCGCCAGAAACCUCGAGCGAUAGGGAUGGUGGCGACACCAUCCAACAUUACGAUAACGACAAUGACUUCAAGGUCAAAUAUUAUUUCUUCAUUCAUGCCUUCUUCAUCCAGAUCAGAUCCCUGCACCACAAAAGGCUAAAGAUAUUAGUCAAGGAUGUUCAGAAGCAAAACUAGCCAAGAUAGGAUUUUAGCGACUCAGCGAAGGCAUACACAUACACGGCUAUUUGGGAGUAGAAAUCGACAUGACAACGCGUAAGAAGGAUAUAGAAGUUAGUGCUUUUCCCGUGCAUAGUGUUUUGGACGAGGC